CAACUAUUGUGCCGCAUGGUCACAUAGGCUCUUACAUGGAAUCUGUUCAGCUGGACGUGCGCCCACCGAGGGCGCCGUUUUCCAGCCAUUGGUCAUGUCACCCUCAGGGAAGUUCCUGGCGGAUAUGCCUAUACCCGCACGAUAUGGCGGCCGAGCAAAGGCGGCGGCUCGCCGAACGUCUACCGCGCCACCGCACGACCAUGUACCUCAAAGGGACAAUGUUCGUGCCUCCCUCGACGUCCGAGCUAGCAACAGAAAGGUCCCGUUUCGCCGUUACUGAGGAGCCGUUCAAUCAGAGUUCAACAACAUCGGGUUAGCGUCGCAAAACCCCGUGUGCAGUGAAGACGUCCGCCCCGUCGAUCGGGCAUCGACACUUUUGAGCGUUGCACGGUCUAGAGCCCAGCCGUCCGGCCGUGCUCUUAUCCCCCGAGGCUCCGAGCCGGAGCUCUCGUUUC